AUGGACAGUAGCAGCGAGCCUCUAGGAGGAGGAGAGGAUGAGGCGGCGUGCACGUCGGCCUCGGAGGGUCUGGAGGAGGGCGAGGUGGAGGGAGAGACCCUGCUGAUUGUGGAGUCGGAAGAUCAGGGCUCGGUCGAUCUGUCACAUGACCAGAGCGGGGACUCUCUGACCAGUGAUGUCGGCGAGGACGCAGAAGGAGGCUGGGUCUGCGAGGACAUGAGCUUCUACUGUGACCGCUGCCACAAGUGGGUGCCUGCAGCUCAGCUCCGCGGGGAGCAGCCAAGCUACCUGAAAGGAGACAACUUCUUCAAAUUCACCUGCAGUGACUGCUCUGAGGACGGCAAGGAGAGCUUCGAGAGGAUGAGACUCACCUGGCAGCAGGUGGUGAUGUUAGCCAUGUACAACCUGUCGUUGGAGGGGACCGGUCGUCAAGGUUACUUCAGGUGGAAAGAAGACAUCUGUGCUUUUAUUGGACGACACUGGAACUUCCUGCUGGGAACCAGGAAGAAGACGUCAACGUGGUGGAGCACGGUGGCCGGCUGUCUCUCUGUCGGCAGUCCCACCUUCUUCCGCUCUGGCGCUCAGGAGUUUGGCGAGCCUGGCUGGUGGAAGCUCGUCCAGAACAGACCGCCAACCCUCAGACCUGAAGUGGACAAAUCCACUACCAAGGCUAAAGUGUCCAAACCAUCAGUGGACCCGAUCAUCACCGUGGAGGGUCUGAGGAAGCGUGGAGCGAGAAACCCUGUGGAGAACGCCAUGCAGCUGAAAGAGAAACGUUCUCGCACUCAGGAGGCUAAAGACAUCCGCCGUGCUCAGAAGGAGGCGGUGGGAGGAUACACUGACCGCAGCACCUCCUCUACGCCUGUGAAACUGGGCGGGGCCCGUGGCGGGAGCACGGGACGCCGCCCUGACCUCGUCCUGGAGAAAGGGGAGGUCAUCGAUUUCUCCUCCCUCAGCUCAUCAGACCGCACGCCGCUCACCAGCCCGUCUCCAUCACCUUCUCCAGACUUCUCAGCCCCUGGAACACCAGCCUCUCACUCGGCCACACCCAGCCUGCUGUCAGAGGCCGACCUCAUCCCCGAUGCCAUGCCGCCGCAGGCGUUGUUCCAUGACGAUGAGGAGAUGGAGACUGAGGGAAUGAUCGACCCGGGGAUGGAGUACCUCCCUCCUCCAUCUGCCAACCUUGCCGCCCGUAAAAAGCUCCGCCCAGCUCCUCCCCACAUCAAGUGCGAAGCGGAGAGCGAGGACGAUGACGGGCGUGAGCGAGAGGACGACUUUGAGGAGCCGGUGGGGCGAGCCGGUGCUCCGUCUCUUUCUACGGCCGGCUGCACCGGCGCCGCAGAGAGACGAAGAAUCCCCCAUCCUGAGAAACCAAAUGGAGUGGGCGGAGCCUCUCAGACGCCUCGCUGCACCCUGCUCAGUCUGUAUGAGGAGAGGAUGCUGCUGCGCCGGCUGGACGCCUGCCCACUCGCCCUCGCCGUCACUCCGCAGGCUAAACGCCUCCACAGGAAGCUGCUGGUGCGCCAGGCCAAGAGACAGAGAGGGCUCCCCCUGCUGGACAUCGACCGAGCCGUCAGCGCCACCCUAAGCCUGGUGGGCGGGAUCUACGGUGCCCAGGAGGCGGGGAUGCUGGCGAGAGGGGGACUGAUGGGGAAAUACUGCACCAGCAGCCAGGAGACCAGAAUCCUUGACCGUUUCCAGACAAACUUCUCCAUCAGAAGAGGCCUUCAGCAGCAGUCGGUGUCCUUCUGGAAUCGUCUGAUGGGAGCAGAAGGAAGUUUGGAGCAGACCAUCAAGAGUCCGUACACUUCCCGUAUCCUCAAACCGUACAUCAGGAGGGAUUAUGAGAGCCGUCCGGUGAAGAUGAGGUUGUUAUCAGAGAUCAGAGCUCAUGCCCAGAGGAAUGAUCCUGAUUGGCUCCCUGAAGCCAACGCCCCUAUCGACUACUGCUACGUCCGCCCUAACCACAUCCCCUCGGUCAACGCCAUGUGUCACGACAGCUUCUGGCCAGGCGUGGACCUGUCCGAGUGCCUGCAGUACCCGGACUUCAGCGUGGUGGCGCUCUAUAAGAAAGUGGUGAUUGGUUUCGGUUUCAUGGUGCCCGAUGUGAAGUACAACGAGGCGUACAUCUCCUACCUGCUGGUUCACCCCGAAUGGAGGAGAGCUGGCAUCGGGACCUUCAUGAUCUACCACCUGAUCCAGACGUGUAUGGGGAAAGACGUGACGCUGCACGUGUCGGCCAGUAACCCCGCCAUGCUGCUCUACCAGAAGUUUGGCUUCAAAGCAGAGGAGUACAUCCUGGACUUUUACGAUAAAUAUUAUCCUGUGGAAAGCACCGAGUGCAGACAUGCCUUCUUCCUGCGACUGCGGCGCUGACAGAGUUCUGCUGCAGGACGCGCCAGAGAUCAGACGGUGCUGAGGAACAACGAUCAUCAGAGUUCACCCAUGACUCUCCUCUUAGGCUGGCUACACACCAGACGGGUUAAAGGUUAGAAUCCUCUGAUCACAGACAUGAGACGAGUCGGCCAGACUGGACCAAAGAUCCUAAAACCUUCAGACCAGGAGUGUGAGCAGAUUCACUCUGAAAUCUUCUGAAAGUGAAUCUAAACUCCUCCUUCAGUCUCAGUUGUAGGGGGGACGAUCAAGACUCAGAAAUCCUCUUGUGUGUAGCCGGUCUUUGUCAGACAGGGAUGACAAAUGAACAGAAUAACAUUUACUGUUUGUCUGUUAUCACGGGACUUUUGAGAGAGAUUGACAGAAUAAGAAAAUUUUCAUGUCUGUCUGAUGUCACAUUUCUUUGUUUUUCUGUACAUCAGUUUUUCUUUCCUCUGUUUCCUCUGUAUGUUUCAAAAUAAAAGCAUCCAAAAGUGAUGGCUGGACACUGA